GACAUGAUCAACCCCCAUGGCCCCAUCGUACCCUCGUCGGCGUGCUUGCGCUUCCUGCGUAGUGUGCUCGAAGGACCUGCGGUGUAUGCGAACACGACGCCCAGCACACCCGGUUGCCGCCGUCGACUGCGAUACCUCUCCUCGACACCGGCACCCCCGUGGACAUUGGCCUUGACGUCCACGACACGGACACGGCCGCGGCAAUGUUCCCCGCCUACAGCGAUAUCUUCGCAGGCCCCCGCUGCGCACGGGAGCACUGCCAGAGCACAUGCGCGCGCGUUGCACUCGCAGCCAUGCCUGCGCCAGGAAACGUUCUGGCGCCGGCUGCGGCAGUCUCGCAGUGCCUCCAAGCCUGCUGCGAACGACCAUCUCCCGCCGUUGGCAGGCUUUCUCGACGACAAUGCGGGCCUGGGUGGCCGUAUCAUCAAGCCCAGCAACGAACUGAAGCUGCGCUGCACCGAGUUUGACGAGAAUGGCAAUGUCACGCUCGUGAAUGGCGAGUUCCGCAAGAGCGAGCUCAUCCAAAAGUACUCGCUGCUGCCACGCGACCUACGCAAGAUUGACAGCAGCGUGCUGCCGCAUAUCCUGGUGCGCCCUUCGGCCAUCCUGAUCAACCUGCUGCAUCUGCGCUGUCUGAUCAAGCACAACCGCGUUCUGGUCUUCGACGUCUAUGGGUCCACCGACUCGUAUGCGCAAAGCUUGUUCAUGUACGAUUUGGAAGGCAAAUUGCGGCAGAGGCAGACGACGAGUACUGCGGGGAACCUGCCCUACGAGUUCCGCGCGCUCGAAGCGGUCCUCAUCAGUGUGACGGGUGGCCUCGAGAGCGAGUUUGAGACGGUGCGAGAGCCGGUGGUGCGCGUGCUCCGUGAACUGGAGGAGGACAUUGAUCGAGACAAGCUACGGCACUUGCUCAUCUACUCGAAGAAGCUGGGGACGUUUGAACAGAAAGCGCGUCUGGUGCGAGAUGCCAUCGACGACUUGCUGGAAGCAGACGAUGACCUGGCAGCCAUGUAUCUCACGGAGAAGGCAGCGGGAACGGAGCGAGCAGACGACAACCAUGAAGAAGUCGAACUACUGCUCGAGUCUUAUCACAAAGUGGCCGAUGAGAUCGUGCAGGUCUCAUCCAACAUCGUCAGCGCGAUCCGCAACACGGAGGAGAUUGUCCGCGCCAUUCUCGACGCCAAUCGCAACAGCCUCAUGCUCCUGGACCUUAAAUUCAGCAUCGGCACGCUAGGAAUCAGCGCGGGAAUGUUCAUUGCUGCAUUGUACGGCAUGAAUCUGGAGAACUUCAUUGAAGAGUCGAACCUUGGUUUCUUUGGUGUGACUGCAGCGUCGACUAUGCUAUCGAUUGCCGCCUGCUGGUGGGGCCUGAAAAAGCUGCGCAAGGUACAGAGGUUGUCCAUGUGGGGCGAGGGCAAGAGGAGAAACUUGAGGAGCUCGCGAGGUAGAUGGAGCGAGGUUGAUGCUGCGGCGGACCCGUCUACAGGAAAGCCACUCGCAGGAGACGUGGCUGGCAUCAAGAAGGCCGAAGGACCCCGACUAUGGCAGAGUGCCCAGCAUGAGCACGACAGGACGAUGCAUGGCCACACCAAGUCGUCCAAUCGUUCGCUGGCCUUGAGAAUGCCGAAAUGAGGCGUGUGACAUAUUUGCUCUCGUCGACUGAUUGUAUGUUUAUUGUGCUGGGUCUAGCGAGGCGUUCAGGCAGGUCGACAUUGUCGUCGUGGGCAUACUCUUAUCUCAACCUUGUACAGGAUAGAUGCUCUCGGACACAGAACCAUGGAGCGUAGGAUAGGGUAGGAUUGUUUAUACCAUCAUCCAUGUCUGGC